GUUGAGAGUGUUACGGAAUGUUUUCAGGUACUGCAGGGGAUACAAAAGUUUCCAAUUUCGUCAGACAGACAGAAUCAACGCAAAAAGCCUUUUCAGCUAGCGAAGGUAUCAUUAACUCCCAUGGUGGACAUGUGGAGAAUGUUGCUUUGGGGUCUGCCGGCCGGCAAACUCCUGAGGGGACAGAGAACUUCAGUAUAGAAACAGACUGCAGACCACCAGCUAUUUGCACUUACCAGACCAUCUGAGACCAAAAAUGAAAUCAGAUUCUGAAGAGCCUUCUGCAAACAAAGUACCUCCACAAUUCCAGGUUGACCCAGAAUCCCAGGAUGAGAGUCCUUGCAUUAGAAAAGAAAAAACAGAAGAGGAUGAGAGCGACAGCCCAAAUGAGAACUGUGAUAAGGAACCUCCUCCAGACAAAGUGGAGACUAAGAAGAAGAAAAAGAAAAAGAAAAGAAUCUGGAUAAAUCUCUCCAGCUGCAAAUACGAGAGCGUCAGGCGAGCUGUCAGAAAAUAUGGCCUGCGGGAAGCCGGGGACAAUGAAGAAUGGACAGUGUACUGGACAGACUGCUCUGUCUCGCUGGACCGUGUCAUGGAACUGAAACGCUACCAGAAAAUCAACCACUUUCCAGGAAUGAGUGAAAUCUGCAGAAAGGACCUCUUGGCUAGAAACAUGAAUAGGAUGCUGAAAUUGUUCCCCAAGGAAUACAACAUUUUCCCCAGAACAUGGUGCCUGCCAGCCGAUUACAGUGAUUUCCAAGCCUACAGCCGAGCAAAGAAGCACAAGACGUACAUCUGUAAGCCGGACACUGGGUGCCAGGGCAGGGGCAUCUUUGUCACCAAGUCAGCUAAGGACAUCAAGGCCGGCGAAGACAUGAUCUGUCAGCUGUACAUUUCCAAGCCCUUCACAGUGGAUGGCUUCAAGUUUGAUUUACGAAUCUACGUUCUGGUGACUUCUUGUGACCCCUUUAGGAUCUUUGUUUACAAUGAGGGCCUUGCUCGUUUCUGUACCACAAAGUAUUCAGACCCAAACAAUGCCAACGUAGAUGAUAUUUGUAUGCAUCUGACCAACUAUGCCAUCAAUAAGCACAGUGAUAACUUUGUCCGUGAUGAUGAUACGGGUAGCAAGAGGAAGCUGUCAACGUUUAACAGGCACAUGGAGGAGAAAGGCUAUGACAUAGGAAAGAUGUGGGGGGACAUUGAGGAUGUAAUCAUCAAGACGCUGAUCUCAGCCCACCCUAUCCUUAAGCACAAUUACAACACUUGUUUUCCCAAUCAUGUAACAGGCAGUGCAUGCUUUGAGAUCCUGGGCUUUGACAUUCUAUUGGAUCGGCGGCUAAAGCCUUGGCUGUUAGAGGUGAACCAUUCGCCCAGCUUUACAACUGAUUCCAAACUGGACAGAGAAGUGAAGGACAAUCUCUUGUAUGACACCCUGGUCCUGAUCAACCUUGGGGCUUGUGACCGCAAGAAAAUCAUUGAAGAGGAUAAGCGUAAAGCGAAGGAGAGGCUGCUGCAACAGAACCGGUCCCGUGAAGCACGGAAUGAAGAGCUCAAGCUGUCACAGGCUGCCUGGAUGGAGCAGAUGCUGAAAUAUGAAGCAAAACAUCUGGGUGACUUCCGCAGAAUUUACCCCCAAGAUGAUUCCGACAAGUACACCAAGUACUUCAAGCACAGCAGCUCUCUUUUCCAGGAGACAGCAGCUUCCAAAGCCAGAGAAGAGUGCUCCAGGCAGCAACUGCAAGAGCUCCGCCUGAAGCAGGAGCAGAAGGAGGUCAUCCAGAAGACGAAGAAGGCAGAGCUGCAGGGGGAAUCGGCGGGCGAGAAAGUCAAACUGCACAAAACGUCCCAGAGGUCCUCAAGGAGCAGCCACAGACAUCCCUCAGGCUCUACUCGGCUGCAGCUUUCGAGACAGACAUCCACCUCGGCUGGCCAGCCGUCCAGCUCAUCUACACCUGCUGAAGCUCCUGACUUCACAGAGGAAGAGGAGUUGGAACGUCUCAAUGGUUUGCUCCGCAGAGAGACACUUCUGAGAGACAUGGGUGUAGUUGACAAGGUCUACCAGUUGCUGCAGGGCACCCCUAAUGCCACAGGACAGUCAACCAGACAUCACGCGGACCUCCUCAUGCAGAAACGCAGCAAGGAUCUAAUGUUUGGUUCCCUGGGCGACCUCCCCAGAAAGCUGGGAUUCCCAAAUGAAUACCUUCCACAUCAACUUUUCAUCUCAGCUGCCAACACGACCGCAGCCAAGCCUGUGCUGAACCAAAGACCAGACAGCGGCCUCUGUCUAAACUAUGCCCGCUCCCAAGUUUUGCAGCGUGCCUGCCAUACAGGAGGGCUGCCCAAAGAGCCAGUGAUGGUCAGUUUGGAGGGUUCAUCAAAACUGCUAGUGCACAGUGAGUCUGCUGGGACCUUGAAGAGCCAGAUUGCAUCAGAGGAGAUGGACGAGGACCCAUUUCAUUUGUGGACUGCUGAGCCGAAGCGGACAAGCACUGGCCAACGUGUUCCCAGAGCAGUCAGUGCAAAUGUGGGACGUCGUGGCCGCUUUUUCAAUUUGGUUUCUGCUCAGUCUGAUCAAUCCCUCGGCUACAGGAUCAUGGAAUCAACCGAGACUGCAAAGCCGAGUAGCCCAUUUAAGAACCCUUCCACCAGCUCAGCACCAGGCCUAUUUGUAAUCUCUUCACCAGCGCCUCUUCUAAGAAGACCAGGUUUCAUGCAUCCUGUGAAGGACAUUGGGCGGAGAUAUGCACGUGCAGAGAUCGGGAGCUCAUGAGGAUCUGACCGCUGAAGAACUGAAGAUAUGUUUGGACCAUGAAGACUUGAAUUUUUUAUAUAUAUUAUAUUAUUUGUAUCACUGAUGCUCCAAAUAUACUUUUGAUUGCAAAUCAUUAGGACUUUCCAGUAUUUUAUAAAAAAUAUAUGAUUUUAGUUGAAAUUAUUUGUAAAUACCAAAGGACACAUAUUUAUAUAUAGAAAUGUAUCCUGUUAAAUCUAAAAUUGAGCUGAAA